UUAAUCUUUAUACAAUGUGCCCAGUGAUUUCAGGAAGAUGAAGGACAUGCCCCAGAGGGCCAGUAGAAGGGCCAGGCCAGUUCCAAGACAGUAUUUGCUAAGGUGCAGUCAUGGGGCAGGUUCUGGAGCAGCUCUUCAUUUUGGUAGGGCUGUUGGUAUUUCUGGUCUACCUGGUGAAGUGUGUGAGAUUCUCCAAAUGUAUUUUUUUGCAUUUCUGGAGAGCUCUGCCAAGGUCUUUCUUGAAGUCAAUGGGACAGUGGGCAGUGAUCACUGGAGCAGGAGAUGGGGUUGGAAAAGCAUAUUCAUUUGAGUUAGCGAGACAAGGACUCAACGUUGUGCUCAUCAGCCGAACGCUGGACAAACUACAGGCUGUUGCUGCAGAGAUAGAGCGCACAACAGGGAGUAGUGUGAAGGUUAUACAAGCAGAUUUCACCAAAGAUGACAUCUAUGAGGAUAUUAAGGAAAAACUUGAAGGUUUAGAAAUUGGAAUUUUAGUCAAUAAUGUUGGAAUGCUUCCGAAUUUCCUCCCAAGCCUUUUCCUUAAUACACCAGAUGCCAUUGAGAACCUCAUCCAUUGUAAUAUCACCUCAGUAGUGAAGAUGACACAGCUAAUUCUGAAAAGCAUGGAGUCAAGGCAGAAAGGGCUCAUCUUGAAUAUUUCUUCUGGGACAGCCCUCUUCCCCUGGCCUCUGUACUCCUUGUAUUCUGCUUCCAAGGCUUUCAUGCACACAUUUUCCAAAGCCCUGCAGGUGGAAUAUAAAGCAAAAGGAAUCAUUAUCCAGGUGUUGACCCCGUAUGCUAUUUCCACCUCCAUGACAAACUACCUAAAAACCAGCAUGAUAAUCAAGACCGCUGAUGAAUUUGUUAAAGAAUCACUGAAUUAUGUCGGAUUUGGAGAUGAAGCCUGUGGCUGCCUUGUCUAUGAAAUUUUGGCAAACUUUAUCAGACUGAUCCCAUCGUGGGCGUUCUACAGCAGCGCCAUGCAGAAGUUCCUUCUGACACGCUACUGCGAAUACCUCAAGAACAACACCAAUGUCCGCGGGGCGGGGCAGGCGGGCGCGCCACCCACUCUGCUUUCUUCUCCAGUUUUGUUGCUUGAAAAAGACCAAUGAACAGACCAGCAUCUGUCAUCCCCCGGAGUUGAAGAUACCGCACCUAGAAUCCAACUUUUUGGCCAUUUCACUCGAGUGUAAAAAUCUUUGGGAAAGCUGUUGCGUGAUGGGGUUUUAGGGCUUUGUGUGUGAGAAGAAGAGGGGGUCUGUGGGUACAACUGGAAGAAUUUCUGGAAUAGGCUUAUUAUAUAUAUGAGAAGAAAGCCUCCGAUUCAUUGACUGUGGAGAGCAAGACCUAGUAAGGUACUUUGGGACCUUACUAUGUGAAGUAGUGUGUGAAAGCAGUGAAAGCUGUUACUAAAGUUAUCAAGACUACUGUCGCCCAGAGCAUCUGCCUGGUUCUCUAACUGGGUUCUUCAGAGACCCAGCAAACUAGGGGAAGAUGUGAGGGAAACAGUUACAUCAGGCAAGCUUCUGGGUAUCCCCUUUUUCAGUCAAACAGUGUCAUCUUUAGCUAUAUUGUUUAUAGCUGGGGUUUUAUGUAAGAUUGUGCUUAUAAAAAUAAAAAUAUAAAACUUCAUGAACCUAGUGAAG